AUGUGGCGCGCCGCGCUCACCACGGCCACGGCCGCCACCUCCUCGCCGCCCGCCGGCUCGCAGCGCAGCCGCAGCUCGCAGGCCGCCUCGCCCUCCUCCUCCUCCGCCGCGCCGCGGGGCCGCUCCGCCAACGCCAACGCCUCCUCCUCGUCGUCGUCGCUGUCGCUGCUGCACGGGGAGCGCCACGGGCGCGUUACCCGCCCGCCCGCGAGCGCGGCCCGCAGCCCGGCCCGCCGCGCCGCGCCUCACCUCUCGUCGGCGGCGCCGUGGAGCCGCACGCGCAGCGCGCGGGACAGGCCGCCCGGCGGCGCGCAGGGCCACGAGCAGCCCGCCAGCACCCGCGACGGGCAGCUCGCCAUGGCGGGGCCGGGACCGGACCGGACCGGACCGGACCAAACCGAACCGAACCGAACGCGGCGGCGACGCCACCAACCGUCACGCGCCGCCCUCCCGGCCGGGCCUCGGCGGAGCGGCGCGAGGCGCAUGCGCGAGGCGGGACCGGGCGGGGCUGCGAGCAGGCGGGCGGGGCUACGCGCAGGCGGGCGGGGCUACGCGCAGGAGGGCGGAGCUACGCGCAGGAGGGCGGGGCUACGCGCAGGUGCUUCUUCUGAGCAGACAUCCAGCUUUUCUACACCAGAAAUAAUUGUUCCUCAAAGUCUGACAAGCAGAGAGAACCCUGAGCCACUUUUUCAUGAGGAGCAUUCAGAUGACAAACUCUCAUAUUCAGUGAAAACCAGAAAUGGAACAUACCACUUAAAACUAAAGAAAAAUAAAGAGCUUGUUAGUGAAGACUUUAGAGUAUAUACAUAUGGGAAAAAUGGGAAACUGGAGACUACACAAUCAAAAAUCAAGGCACACUGUUAUUAUCAUGGCACUGUUGAAGGAGUUGCUGAUUCAGUGCUUGCUCUUAGCACAUGUGAUGGCCUUAGAGGAAUGCUCUACAUUGAUGGCAAGUGGUACGGAAUGGAGCCACUCAACACGUCCAGCACUUUUGAACACCUUUUUUACCAGUUAGAAGAUGUGCAUCRUGCCCCUUUGCGCUGCGGUGUGCUGAAUGACAGUCUGCAUCACACAACGACAUCUGUGAAGCAUUCUGUGAAAUACGCGUUUCUAUCAAACAGUACCUCCAGUGGGGAAAAGCUUUUGAGGAAGAAGCGUGCUGUCCUGCCACAGAAAAGCUAUGUGGAAUUGUUUGUGGUUGUGGAUAACAACAGGUUUUUGAUGAAGAAAUCUGACUCUGCUGAAGUGCAAAAGGAGGUAGUUGAGCUGAUAAAUUAUGUUGAUGGGAUGUAUAGUGCUUUAAACAUCCAGAUUGUUUUGGUUGGCUUAGAGAUCUGGUCAGAUACAAACCACAUAUCUGUAAUGGAUGGCUCAGCAGGGGAUGUGCUGAGCAGAUUUGUUUCCUGGAGACAAAAAGAUCUUCUUAAACGAUCAAGAAACGACGCUAGCCAUCUCAUAAUAGGGAGAAGCGCUUACAAUGGAGCCAUUGGAAUGGCUUUUGUAGGCACCGUCUGUUCACAAGUCCAGGGAGGGUCAAUAAGCACUUUUAAUCAUAACAAUGUGUUAGGUCAUGCUACAGUAGUUGCACAUGAAUUGGGCCAUAAUCUUGGAAUGAAACAUGAUGACAAAAGAUGUCCUGCAUCCUACAUUAUGAACAGCAUAGAUAAUGGCUCCAGGAAUUUCAGCAGCUGUAGUGCAGAUGAUUUUGAGAAUCUUAUUCUACAUGGAGGAGGAAACUGCCUCAGAAAUCCCCCCAAAACAAGUAAUAUUUACAAAGAACCUGUCUGUGGUAAUAACGUGUUAGACAGCAAUGAGGAAUGCGACUGCGGCAGACCACAGGAAUGUACAAACCCCUGCUGUGAUGCUGCAACCUGCAAACUCACCUCUGGAUCACAGUGUGCUCAAGGGCUGUGCUGUGAAAAUUGCAAGUUUAAAGUGGCAGGAGCAGAAUGCAGGUCCAAAAGGGAUUUCUGUGACCUCCCCGAGUACUGCAACGGAAGCAAUGCCUACUGCCCAGAAGAUGUUUAUAUCAUGAAUGGUUACCCAUGUAACAACCAGAAAGAGUACUGCUACUAUGGAGUGUGCCAAAGUUUUGAUUCACAAUGUGAAUCCAUAUAUGGAAAAGGGGCUCGCAAAGCGCCUGAUGUGUGCUUUGAAAAAGCCAAUAUUAAAGGAGAUAGAUUUGGAAACUGUGGAAUGACAGGUGGAGUAUACAAGAAAUGCCCUGUUCAACACAGUCUGUGUGGCAAGAUCCAGUGCACUUCUGUGAGCCUUCAAAACCUCCCUGCUUGGAGUGUUGUCAACAAUGCGUCCGGGGUUUUGUGCUGGUCUUCUGACUUCGACUUCGGAUCAGAUGUCCCUGAUCCUGCCCAAGUUCAYGAGGGAACAGCCUGCGGAGAAGAGAAGGCUUGUGUCAAUUUUGAAUGUGUUAACGCGAGUUUCCUGGGCUACAGCUGUGACGUGAAGCAGAAGUGUAAUGAUAAUGGGGUGUGUAACAACAACGGGAACUGUCACUGCAGCUACGGAUGGGCACCCCCGUUCUGCAACCAGCCGGGCUACGGCGGCAGCAUCGACAGCGGCCCGGCUCACAUAGAUACAUCCCUUCGAGAUGGCCUGCUUGUGUUUUUCUUCCUUGUGCUGCCAAUCCUGGUCGUUAUCGUGGUAGCAGUCAUUAAGCGGGAUGCAAUAAAAAGAAGGUUUUGCAGGAAAAGAAGACGACAACGCAGGGAUAACAAUGUGCAGCAACCAAAACAAAAUAAUGCAACAACUCAGAAUACAAGGAAUAAUGAGGCUACAACAUCAAGUCCUGAUUUUUUUACCAUAUCACAUUUUCCUAAUCCAAGGCAGCCAAUACAAACCCAUUUUCCUGCAGUUCCUUCAAGACCCAACAGCUCUACACCAGCUGUCUGA